ACGCGCUCCCCUCCUUUCCCCCUCCCCUGUGCGCCCGCGCAGAGUGACGGCGAAGGGGUUGUGAGCGGGAGUGGCCCGGCGGAGGAGCCGUAGCGCGGGCGGGGCCGGAGGGCGGAGCGGGGCCGCCGCCGCCGCCCAGCCGCAGUCCCGGCCGCGGAGCCCGAGCAGCCUGGCCGCCGCCAUGUUCCGGAUCGAGGGGCUGGGACCCAAGAUGGACCCGGAGGAGCUGAAGCGGAAGAUGCGGCAGGAUGUUCUCAGCUCGGUCCGCACUUUCCUCAUCUACGUGGCGCUGCUGCGGCUCACUCCAUACAUCUUAAAGAAAUUGGAUAAUAUAUGAAUACAGAAGAGCUGCAAAGACUGGAUACAUGGAAACACAAAAAGGAUUGUGGCUGCCUUUCUGUUAACAAACAAGAUGCAAAAGGCAGACUUCACAUACAGAAUGGAUCUAAAAAUUUCAUUUAAGCAUAUUUGACUUUGUGAGAGCAAUGGCCUAGCUGGAAGUAUGGAAAAUGGUUAUUGUCCUUGUGAUUGACUUCAAGUCAUGUAAUGCUCCCAUGUGGUGGCAUAUCUCUAUUUGUGCUGGUACAGCCCUUGUCUUGUGUCCAGAAAUUGCAUCAUACUCCAUUUUUGUAAGAAGUAUUAAGUGCAAACAGAUUUCUUUGUUCUGGAGCUACCUCUAAAAUACCACAGUGCUAUGGCUGUCAAUCUUACUGAACCUGUCUGUGUGAAAAAUGAACUUGUUUGGAUCCCUAAACUCCAUCUAGGAAGCUGUUAACUUGAAUCCAGUUAAUUGACUUUUUAUUUUUCGUUGAAAUAAAAUGGAACAACAAGUCUGUGAUUUCAGGCACAGUUCUAUUGCUUUAUUUUUAAUAAAAUCAGUUACAGUA